GUUUAACAACACUUUGAGGUAGAGCGCUUCGAUAACGUAUCACUAACAUCUUACCUGCAGGGACCUAACGACGUCUAUCAUAGUGCCCGCCAACUAGAUCAUGAAGAUCGCUGGCGGAGAAUUAUAAGUGGUGGAAUUUCGCUCUCUAUUAGGGAAUUCCUCCGCUAAAGCUUACCCUCUCAAGCCAAGAAUCCGGGGUAUCAUGAGCUACCUAUCCUCGACGGUCCGUCCGACCCAACGCCCUGGUUGGGACGGCUACUCCCUACGCACAGGAAAGUCAAGCAUUUGCGUUAGGUAGAUCUACAAUUGGUGGAUACGACGUGCGUCCCGGUCAUUCGGGCGAGAUUUUCCCCACCGACCUGAGCUGAGCGAAGCUGAUAGACGGGUUUGGUAUUUGGCUAACGUCAAAGGGGGAAAAUGAGGGGUUCGACGUGCAGAUGAGAUGUCGACCCUGGUCUAGGUACAGAGUAAGCGGGCUUUAGCUAAUGUAAACCACCCCUUUCGAUAUAAUCUCUCGACGGCGGGGAUGCAUUUAUAUCAUAGAUCGAUCUGCUCUUUUCUCUUGGCCGAUCCCUUUUAUCGCAAUUGGGGAGGAAGGGUUGCUGUCGCUAGCACAAGUGAUUUAAGAUGCCGACUUCUAAGAGGCUCUACAAUUGGUAUAUCGCUCUUGUGGCGGCGAUGUGUAUGGUCCUAUACGGCUACGAUGCUUCUGUCUUCAACGCCGCGCAGGGCUCAGAUAAUUGGCUCGAGUGGUUUGAUCUCGACCUGAAAGCGGAUGCGAACUUGAUAGGGUUGGUAAACACAGCUUAUACUAUCGGCGCCAUUGUCGCUGGUUGGUUCUUUGGUGGCCCAACUGCUGAUUAUUUCGGCCGACGAAUCGGCAUGGGCAUAGGAUGCCUGCUCACCAUCGCCGCAACCUUUAUGCAAGCCUUCGCGCCAUGGCAUAAUCUCGGGUGCUUCAUCGGCGGCCGCGUCCUCAUCGGCAUCGGCCAGGGCAUGGCUCUCACCGCGGGCCCCAUCUACAUCGGCGAAGUCUCCCCUCCCGAGAUCCGGGGGCAGAUCAUGACGUUCUGGCAGAUGUUCUACAGCGUGGGGUCCUUCAUCGCAUACUGGAUCGCCUACGCAAGCAACGCGCACAAAGCCACGCUCGGGCACUGGGACUGGCGCAUGGUCGUCAUCUUCCAGCUUCUCGUCCCCAGCAUCAUCCUCGUGCUCCUCCCCUUCCAGCCCGAGUCCCCGCGCUGGUGGAUCAAACGCCACAACAACGUCGACAAAGCCAAGGAAGCCCUCCGUCUCAUCCGCGACUCAGAGGAGGAGGUCGAGUACGAAGUCCUAGCGAUCCGCGAAGCCGUGGAAUUUGAGAACGAGGCCGUGGGCGGCUCGUACCUGGCGCUUUUCAAGGACCCGUCCGUGCGGAGAAGACUGUACCUCGCGUUCGUGCUGAAUGUCGGACAGCAGCUGUCGGGCCAGGGCACGCUGAACUCGUACUCGAGCGCGAUUUACAAGACGAUUUGGCCGUCUUCGCAGACUAUUAAUCUCAUCAACGCCUUGAAUGCGACGUGUGGGAUUCUGUUCACGCUGAACGCCGUGUGGACUGCGGAUAGGUUUGGUCGAAGAUGGCUGUUCAUUGUCGGUGCUAUCGGGAUGGGGAUAUGCAUGUUGGUUGUUCCGGUUAUUGGUAUGACGACGCCUAAUGUUAUCGGAGCUAAGGGCACGGCGACGAAGACAGAGCCUGUUGGCAUCGCUAUUGUUUUUCUGCUGUUCCUCUUCAUUUUCUUCUACAAGCCGUCCUGGGGUGCAGCGACUUGGAUCUGGACGUCUGAAGUGUUCAGUAUGAAUGUGCGAGCACAAGCCGUAGGGAUGUGUUCCCAGAUGCAAAACGUGGCCAACACCAUAUUCCAGCAAUUCUUCCCCAUUUUUCUUGCCAACGAGGGUUUGAAAUGUUUGUUCUUUUUCAUGGCGACGAAUUUUGUCCUGGCUGUCUUCGUGUGGUUUUGCAUUCCGGAGACCAUGAAGGUGCCUCUUGAGGAAAUCGACACGUUGUUCGGUGGCCAGAACCACGUGGAAAAGGGUGGGCAGAUGCUCGGUGCUACGGAUGCACAGGAUACAAACCCAAGGAGAAACAGCUCAGAGGUGCGGCAGAAUGAUAUCACAAGAGAGAGAAAUGUUUAAUAGAUACGAUGUCAAUUCAGUUAAAAAAAAACAUACCCCCCCGGCCAAAC